AUGGAGGCGGCCCUGAAGAGGUAUUUGUCGUGUGACACCAUCACGGUGGAGUCCAUCGUGGUGGAACCGGCGAACAAGGCUGGAGCCGGCUACGGCAGCCAGAUGUCCAGGUGGGACGUAUUCAAGACGGAGGCGCUGGUGCUGGCCGAGGUGAUGCCCACAGCGCACGAGGAUCUGCAGCAGGUGGAGGGCGCGUCUUUCCGUCCACUGGCGGCCACGUGCCUGCACCACGGAGCCACACCCAGGGUCUUCCUCGUGCUGGACGACCUGGUGGUGGCCGGCUAUCGAUUGGCGGACGCCGAUCGACCUCUCGACUACCAGCACUGCGAGGUGGUGUUGCGAGCGUACUCGCGCCUCCACGCCGCACGGCCUACGCGCUCAUGUAUGUUUUCUGCUCUCGCCGAUUUCGUGAAGAGAGUUCCCAACUAUGAACACUACGCCGCCAAGUAUUUGGGACUUGCGGAUACCUUGUUGCCACUAAUGAGAAAGGCAUUGAAGAAAAAAGUGCAAGAUACUAAACUCAAGGUGCUGGUUCACGGUGACUGCUGGAAGAACAACAUAAUGUUCAUGUACUCAUCACGGGAGGUUGCUGAUGAACGCUUUGUAGAUUUUCAGCUAACGCACGUGUCCAGCCCUGCACGCGACCUGGUGUACUUCCUGUACGCGAACGCUGGUGUGGACGCGCACGAGCGCCUGCCCUCGCUGCUGGAGACCUACCACUCACAGCUGCAGGCGUCGCUGCGUGCGUUGGGGAUGGCAGCUGCGGCGGACGCCUACCCGCUGGACGAACUGCUCAGGGACGUGGAGGACCUGAAGCACUUCGCCCUGUACAACUCCUCCUGCAGUGGUUUCACACUCUCCUCACAUCGCGUCGGGGACAAGUUCUCGCAAGCUGUGCGGGACCUUAAUUUUCAGCCAGGCACAUGCUACGGCAUGUAUGACAACGAGUACUCCGGGCCCUACAUGCAGUACGUCAUACGUCGCUUCGAGAGUAAGGGGCUCCUGUGA